AGGAUAAAGAUACAGUUAUCCCGGUGGAUUUUAUAGGUCAACAAGGACUGAACUGGGCGGUAUGUUACUGCUGAGGGAUCGGGUCAAAUCGAAAAGCACGUGUCGAUACCAUCAGACAUCAAGGAGUUGAAGACACCCACACAAAGACGUGACGAACUGCCCAAACAGAGACCAGCUCUUCAGCCAGGACAGGCGUGUUCCCUGUACUAUAAGUGGCAUGCGACCAAUUUCUCUAGUAAGAUUUUACGUAAGCUGUAACACGAAACGGAAUUGACGUAGGUAGGGUCUUAAUGAGGAUGCUGUGUUCCCAAACAACGUUACAAAUAACAUUAUUAAAGAUACGUCCAUCAUACACGUCCCGUCAACCGGUAUAGACAGCUGUGUGAGAAAAAGCGUUGUGUAAGAGAACCCAAUCAUGGAAUUCUCGCGUCGUUAUAAACUCGAGAUAACCAAUAUCAUGCGCGGGAUACUAUUAAGGUCGCGGUGUUUCAGUAGGUGAUCAUUGUGCAAGAUGGCAACGAUGUGUUCAGUGUUACUGUGUCUACUGCUAGCCAACCUGGCGUUGGCGCAGAAUUCAACAUCUUUGGAGGACAGAUUUGCAGCUCUGGAACGAGAAUUUGCAUUUGAAAAAGCUAGUCUGCGGUCGGAAUUAAAGUCCACAAAAGAUGACCUGGAGAUUACACGUUCACAACUUCGGAUUACGCGAUCACAACUACUAGACACUCGAACAGAAAUAAACGCAAUGCAACCAACUAAAAUUAACGACGCGGAAACUACGAAUUUAGAUAUGGAAGAUGAACAUUCUAAUAUGCAGACUUCAGAUGUUUUUGACUGGAAUAAAGCUAUAAAAUCGCGUGCAUUAUCUCAGAUUCUUGAUAAGUGGGUAAAGAAAGCAACAACAAUCCUAACGAAGCCAUGUGAACACGCACAAGGCGACCACAGCCAAACUAAACAAGGACCGGAACUUCCAAUUGCAUUACCGAAAACAGCAGCACAGAACCAACCCAUAUCAUCCAUGACCCUUUCUGAACCUCGCCGACGAAGCCGACGGAAUGCAGAUAGCCAGCAAGUAACGGCAUUCCAUGCUGAGCUGGGAAUUCCUGCUGAAAAUCUGAGGAGUCAACAAGCAAUCAUAUUUGACUCCAGCACUCUGAACAUCGGUCUGGGUUACAAAGAAGAUUCUGGGAUCUUUGUAUGCCCCGAGGCGGGUAUCUACUACUUCACUGUAACUAUCAUGGUAUUUCCCCAAGAGAAGGUUGAAACCGAAAUGGUUAUAAACGGCGAUCAAGUGUUGCUGGCGUAUUCGGCGGGGACCACUGGAUUUAACCAAGGAACAAGUUCUACUGUUGUGCGUCUGGAAGACGGGGACCUGGUGUGGGUUCGAAUCCUUGAUAACCCGGCAUUAAAUACGGGUGUUAACAUACGUGUAAUGGGAGGUGGCUGGAGCACAUUCACGGGGUAUAAGAUUAAAUAACAACAUUGAAAUGUACUUUUGCGUGAGUAAACAGUUUGGUUUUUA